AAUUAAUAUGAUGGCUAGAAAGGAUUAUGGGAAUUAUAUCCCAAAGUGAAGAGUAGUAAACUUUGAUUAUUUUAAAUGCACUGACCGUGGUAAGAAACGACUCUCUGAUAACGCCAACCUUGAGCCUGUGAGCCCUGAUGAUCGAGAAAAUGGCUAUUAUUUUGUCCAAAAUCCUCCUGUUAAGAAUAGAGGCAUGAUAGUUGCUUCUCGAAAGUUAUCACUACCGGCUAAAGAAAUUGUGCAUAGUACUAAUAAACCCCAAAAAAUUGAAGCUUCAGAGGAAGAACCAGAAGCUCAGGAACGCUUUGUGGACUCUCCUGAAAUUUCAAAGCCGAAGAGAAAAUAAGUUGAAAAGAAUUGUAUUGAGGAGAAUUUCUCCUGAGAUUUAUAAAGAUCAAAUGGAUCACAGUUCCACACUUGAUAAUAGAGAUUGCAGUACGAAAAUAGUGAAUAGUAGAAGUCUUAGGAGGAAAGGUGAAGACCCUUCACAUUUUAGAAAUCGCUCUUUUGAUUCCUCACUUCGUCGUGCAGGAGCUGAGAGUCUUCUAGUAUCACCUGAAAGAGACAGAGAUGGAGUUCAAGGAAGAAGUAAAGAAAAAGAUUAUUACAAAGGAACUCCUCCAGAAUAUGGUAGUGAAAAUUUCAAUAACUCUCUAAAUAUCCCAAGUUAUCAAUCUUCUGCAAGCAAUGAAAGUCAAAGAGGGUAUUACAAGCUUCCACAGAGGAAGCAUUUUGAAAACCCGUAUUCAUACUAAGUGUUGCUUUCAGUUUAUUCGAACAUUUUGAAAAUAUA